AUGGAAAAUUUAGAAAAUACAUCAACCACCAAUACAGAAAUACAAGAUAAUAUUAAUAACAAUGAUAAUAUAAAUAAUACAGAUAAUAUAGAUAAUAGUAAUAAUAACAAUAAUAUAAUAAAUGAAGAAGAAAAUAGUGAAAAUGAAGAUAAAGUAACAGAUGAUAAAAAUUCAGAAGAUAUUGCACUUGGGUCAAAGAGAAAAAGAAUACCAGUACAAAGGGGAUAUCCAAAAGAGCAGGAUGAAGAAGAUGAUGAAGAAAUUGAUAUAGGCGAUGACGAGUUUGACGACGAAGAUGAAGAUAAUGACGAGGAUGACGAUGACGACGAAGAUUAUGAUGAUGGUAGUAGCAAGAAAAGAACCAAGAAGCAACAAAAAGAACAAGAUGAAUUAGAUGCACUUGAAUCUAAAAUUAAAUAUGACGAACAUGGUGAACCAAAUUUAGAUGUUAUAGAGGAAGAAAUUUUUAUGGAAGAUGAAGGAGAAGAAGAAGAGGAGGAGGAAGAGGAGGAGAUCGAUGAAAUUAGUGAUAGCGAAGACGACAGUGAUGAAGAAAUGGAGCAUCAAAAACAAAAAGAAGCAGAACAAAAACAAUACUCUCAAGGCAAUCAAGGUGAAGUUGACACUAUUUUUCAAACAGGUGAUCCAGGUGACGAUUAUCUUAUUCCAAUUAGAUUAGAUCUUCAACAUGGCUUAUUCAAAUUCCACGACUAUUUACUUUGGAAUCUAAAUGAAAAAAAUAUAACACCAGAGUACUAUGCCAAACGUUUAUGUAUCGAAUUGGAUUAUCCAGAAUGGUUUGAAGCUUUAAUUACAAAUGGUAUUGUCGUUCAAGUAAAUAAUGGUAAAAAUAUUAUUAGAGAAUUUCGUAAAAUUUUACCAAAACUUAAACAAAUUUUAAGUGAAUGUAUUAUAACCAUCAAUUUAGAUUUAAAUGUCAAUGGUCUUUACUUGAAGGAUAGAUUUGAAUGGGAUAUUUUAGGACCAAAUUUACCAGAGUCAUUUGCUAAAUCAAUUUCAAUGGAUUUUGGUUUAUCAAGAGAGUUUGAAAAUAUUAUUGUAUAUUCGAUUAGAGAACAACUUCAAACACAUUAUCAUCAAAUUACAUAUCAAUUCAGUUUACCCAAUUUUACAUACUAUACACCAAUGAAGACUGGUGUUAUUCAUGCUGAACAAGUAUUAAGAAGCGAAUAUCAAUUAUCAUUCUUUACACCAAAUGUAUCAUAUAGACAACCACCUCUCAAAGCUCAUGAUCCUAAUACUGCUUACUUUAAUCAACAAAAUCAUUUAAGACAACAACAACAAUUCCAACAAAGUCAAAUUAAAGGUAAAAUACAACAACCAAUUUAUUAUUUACCACCACAACACCAUCAUUAUUUACAGCAACAACAACACACAUCACAACAAAUUUUACAACAAAUUCCACCACAUCAAUUAUUCUUUAAUCGUUAA